UGGCUGUUAGAUUGCGCAACCGGCAAAAAAUCCCAGUCUGCGACUGGACCUUUUCCUUUCUUUUGCUCCCAUAUCCCAACCCAAUAUGCCUAAAUUAGCCAUGGAAACCACUCCUUAAACAACUCCUAAUUUUCACUCACUCUGACCCAAUUCCAAAAAAAGUUGCCUUUGCUUCUUUGUUCAUUUCACUGGCAGCUUGCCACAUUUUUUCCAUGGCCACCUAUGCUUCCAACAUGAUUUGCUAUCCACACCCAGCAAACCCAGUAAUCAAUGGAUUGAGAAAAACCCAUCACCUCCAAUUCACGGGCAGCACUUUCUGGGCAAUCCCAAUGAGUCUCUGCUCCAAUGGCCACCAUUUUCACCGACCCUUAGCGGCUGCAAGCGUGGAAGAGACAGCAAAGACAGAGAGUAAAGAAGGGAAGCCAAGGUUUAAGUUGGAUGCGGUAGACCCUGAGAUCACUGAAGCCCAGAAACAAGCUAUAGCUCAAUUGCCAUAUCAUAUGGCCAAACGUUGUAAGGCAUUGAUGAGGCAGCUCAUUUGCUAUUCUCCUCAGAAGGGUAGUUUGUGUGAGUUAUUAGCUGCUUGGGUUAGGGCUAUGAAGCCUAGCAGAGCUCACUGGCUUGCGGUUCUUAAAGAAUUGAGGAUAAAGGAUCACCCACUUUAUCUUCAGGUGGCAGAAAUUGCUGUACUAGAAGAAUCUUUUGAAGCCAAUCUUCGUGACUAUACCAAAAUAAUUCAUGGUUAUGGGAAGCAAAACCGAAUUGAGGAUGCUGUUAAAACCCUUUCAAACAUGAAGGCUAGAGGCUUCAUAUGUGAUCAGGUAACUCUAACUGCCAUGAUUGACAUGUAUAGCAAGGCUGGACAUGUUAAGCUGGCUGAAGAAUCUUUUGAAGAAGUUAAGCUCCUUGGGCAGCCCUUGGAUAAAAGAUCGUAUGGCUCAAUGAUCAUGGCCUACAUUAGAGCUGGAGUGCCAGAUCAAGGAGAGAGUUUACUCGUAGAAAUGGAUGCCCAAGAGAUUUAUGCUGGAAGUGAAGUUUACAAGGCGUUGUUAAGAGCAUACUCAAUGGUUGGUGAUACUGAAGGCGCUCAAAGAGUGUUCAAUGCAAUUCAGCUAGCUGGUAUUUCUCCGGAUGAUAAGCUAUGUGGACUUCUCAUAAAUGCAUAUGGUGUAUCAGGUCAAAGUCAAAAGGCACGUGUUGCAUUUGAAAACAUGAGGACGGCGGGUAUUAAACCGACUGAUAAAUGUAUAGCUCUAGUGUUGGCUGCUUAUGAAAAAGAGAAUAAACUUCAGAAGGCAUUAAAAUUUCUGAUGGCGUUGGAGAGAGAUGGUAUCGUGGUUGGGAAAGAAGCUGCAGAAACACUGGCGGCAUGGUUUAGAAAACUAGGGGUUGUGGAAGAGGUGGAUACAAUCUUGAGGGAAUUUGCAGAAACGGAAGCGAAUUCCAGAGUUCCUGCUACAUAGGCUCCAUCUCCCAGUUUUAUUAUCUACUGCCACGAGUAUAUUACUCCUGUUUGCCAGGAAUGAUAGGGCAUAUAAAGCCCGAAGAAUACAGUAAACAACUCACCUCUAAACGGGUACUGUAUCUUGAAUCAUGAAUGCUUCCAAUUAAGCUUAGCUGCUUAAAUCUUUUGCUCUAGUAACAAUUAGAUGGAAUGGGAUGUCAUUAUCCUUGGAGCUUCUAGUUUAUUCUCCUCAUGUGAAUUGUGUAUGGAUCCUUCGGAAGCUCUGUUCUGCAUUCACUGGCCUAACAUACAAAUUCGACCGUUAAGGUCCAUCUGGUGACGUUUAUGAUUUUACUUAAAAAAACAGAGGGGGGGAUGGAGAGCAAAAGGACGAAUGCACGACAUUCAUUGGUUUUUGCCUGCGGAGACACUCAAAAACCAUGUUUUUGGUUUGUGAAAAAAAAAAUUAUGAAUUCUUCCCUUCUUCCUAUAAUCAUGAUGAAACCCUUUUUUGCAAGCAUGGACUUGGCUCUCCAACAUGGAUUCUUCAUUAUUGAUAUUGUUAUUAUUUUGUUUUAUCAAUGGAUGUAAGGUUUGGUUGAUAUUCGUAAGAAUGA